UCCACAUGGGAUGUUUUGUGCACGAGUUUUCCUCUUUUUCACGCGCUAAUACGUACACAAAUGAAAACGUUGCUGCGGAUAAGAGAUUUUUGCAGUCUUGCAGAGGACAACCAGUUCCGAUUGAAAACAGCUUUCUGUUGCAAUGUUCCGCCGCGUUGUGAAUUUUUAAACUUCAAGUUUGUGCGCAAAAUGAGACCCCAAAACGGUACCUUUUGGGAAAUACGACUGGUGUAAAACAGGAAACGUGAUGCAAAUUGGGUGUCAAUAUUGGAAAAAUGUCACCAAUCAUCAGCGGUCGGUGUAAGAGUGCCAACCAGUUGUUGGCCAAUGGUUCCAACGGAGGCCAAAAAUAUCCUCCCGUGCAACACAUUAGCGUUUGGACGUGAAUGAGAUGAAGUGAAAAAUUUGGGGAAAAAAGUAUCAAACUUUAGAAGUGCGACGUACGAAAAUAGGUUGUCAAAAUUAUUUCCUGCGUAUUUUUCGGUUUUCCCCCCAAGAGACAAGCCCCCGUUUUUCCUUCUGCUUCUUCUGUUGGCGAGGUGGGUGUCUGAUUGUGUGGGUAGGAGCUCGUACUCGUUGGUGAGUGUGCGGUUCCCUUCCGGAGUAUAUUUCGCGGCUUGUUUACUAGUUGAAAGAAAGUCGCAGCCUGUUGAAAUUCGGUGUUCCUUGCUCUCCGGUUGUCGUUCUCUUCUCCGGCUUGCUUCCACGAAACAAACCAAAAAAAAUCAUCGCGUGUCGCAUACCUUGGCUGGCCGAAGCAACAACAUAAGCAAUACAAACCACCUUUUCUCAGUACUGUGUCAGAGAUGAGAACGGACGGACGACCUGUGGACGUGGUUUGGUUUCUGGUCGGUAGUAGUAGAACACAACGCGUGCUCAUCAACGACGACUGCGGUGACAUUGAUCAGGGAGGUGGUGGCGGCGGUGGGACAAGAAGUUUUGAAUUUUCGAACCAGCGACGGCUUGGGGCAUCAGAAAGAGUGAUGAUUCUUGGCUGCAGUACACAUCAUCAUCAUCACCCGGCUCAGUCUGCCAGCUGAGCUGAACGGCUCAGGUUGUUGAGAUCGGGUAGCGCUUCGAGCCACGAGAUUGUCCCUAGACCUAUCGCAAUAUCCUGUCCUCGUCCUGAUAUGGCAACCAGUGAUGGUGCGUCCGUACCGAACGGGAAUCUCCCAACCAUUUGUGAUGAAGUUAGUGAUAGUUUAGAAGCAGUGAAUCCUGAGGGGGUGACACAAUUCAAGGCAAAGUUGGUGUCUUUUCUCGGUGACCUGCAUACUCCCGAUCAUCCUUGGGAUGUGGUGCUGUUUGAGGGAUACGGUAGGGGUUUGAUUGCGACUCGUGAUAUCGCUGCAAAUGAGUUAAUCUUCAUGGAUCGGCCCAUACUGAUGGGUCCCCGAGUCAACGACAGCGAUGUGAUAUUCUGCUCCAACUGUUGCAAGGUGCAGAAAAAAUUAACGCUUUGUAGCGGAGGCUGUCGUCUGCCAGUGUGUGCCGAGUGUGACGUUAGCACGAACCCCGAAGGACUCCAUUCAGCUGAAUGCAAAAUGAUCACCUCGUGGCAACCCAAGGAUUCGGAGCGCUACAGUAAAGUCAUCCAUCACGCUCUUACCUCUCUUCGAUCACUGCUGCUCAACGAAACCGAACGGUCUAUUGUUCUCAAUAUGGAAGGACAUCCACCUCGCAAAGGUAUGAUCACCGAAAUAGAAAUGCUCCUAAAGGAUGAGAUCUUCAGCAACUUUCCCGAGAGCAGCACAAGCUUGGGCUUCUUAAGCCAGAUCGUGAAUGUGCUUAACACCAACGCGUUCGAGAUGAACCGAAUUGUGCAGGAUCAGGAGAACAACGAUCAUGAGAUCGUCCAGCGCGGGCUGUAUAUUCUGGGUGCACUGAUGAACCACUGCUGUCUGCCCAAUAUCCGGUACAUGUUCGACGAGCAGCAGACCAUGCAUUGCUACGCCUCGAAGCCCAUCCGCAAGGGGGAGCAGAUUUUCAACAACUAUUCGAAGGUCCUGUGGGGAACCCAGCAUCGGAUCAUUCAUCUGCGCUUUUCGAAGAACUUUACGUGCGAUUGCAGCCGUUGCCGGGAUCCUACGGAGCUCGGCACCUACCUCGGAUCGCUGAAGUGUGUCCGCGGGGAGAAGUGCCCUAGCGGACGGCUGGUUUCGCUGAACCCACUGAAGGCUUCCUCGUCCUGGCAGUGUGACGCGUGUGGCCUCACAAUGGACAACGCCAGGAUCAGCCGGAUUCAGGAAAUCGCCGGACGGAUGAUUCUCAACAAGGCGGUUAAAGAGGACGCUGACUAUAUCGUGGAGUAUCUCAACGACCAUGCGACCAAGUUUCUGCUGUCGAGCAAUCAGUUCAUGGUGGAAUUGAAACUACAGGCUAUCCGGAAGAUACAGAACGAUUCCGCGUUGGCGCUACAACUUGAGAAGGAGAAAUAUUGCGAGGAGAUUUUGGCUAUCCUGGCGAAGUUGGAGUACGGAGAGAGUUACCUGAAAGGGAUGCUGUGUUACGAGCUUUUCAAUGCGCUGUUGGCGAUUUCAAGGAGCCGAAAUGAAGUACCCGAGUGUUUCCUGGAUAGAACAACGCUCCAUCACCUGCAGACCGCUGUGGUAAUUCUUGGACGCAGUGGUAAUCGGCCCCGAGAUUUGGACCAACUUGCUCAAAACUACGACUUCAACUUUUGACAAACGGCUCAAUGAAAACAAUAAUGAAACAAAGCCAAUCGCGCUAGCGAUUGAAUAAAAGGUUGUGCUUCUGUAGGCGCAUUACGUCGCUACGAACUGUUGUUGGCGAUCACCGGACGGUUGUUUAUACCCCGAAAGCACAUGCAAUCAAACGCACCCAAUAAAUAUUCGCGCACUAAGCAAUUUUUGCGAACAACUGUCAACUGAAAUUCGAACUUUGGGAAGAUAUUGAAACGUGAGGAGGUGAAACAAAGGGCCACAUUCACCAGAUAGUUGACGCACAAAGACUGGCACUGAAGGCGCGUGAUUUGCUUUACACCUUCCACUUGUUUUUUGCUUCUUUUUGAUAUAAACUUUUUCCACACUCUUUUUCCGAGCCUUGCUCUUAAAGCACAUUCGAAUUUGUACUUGCACGAAAUAUCCAUUUAAAAAUCAAGGCUAGACGCCAAUUUAUAUACAUAAUCAAACCAAUUUUAAACCGAGCGCUCGCUAGGGUGUAGGUUGUUUGUAAUUGAACGAGUGCGAGUGGCGCACUUUUACCAUUUGUUAUUAAUGAAGUGAAGAGAUAAAACACCGACAGACAGGUAUAUAUUUAAAUAUCAAGCAAAGAGAUGAGAUAAAGGAAAACUCAAGACGCUAAAUAUUGACGCGCUAUUUACUCUUAUUCUAUAAGAUACGACCAGGAACAAAAACAGAUUUUCAUUCACGGUUUUACAGACGAUGUAAAUAUGCGUAUAACGAAAACUCUUUUUCUCUAUUUUUACAAAUGCAUUCAUGGAAAAGCUAGGCAAAAAGAUACAGAAUAAAAUUGAAUUUGAUAAACAGCUUGAAUAAAGUAUACACUUUAAAGUCGUACGAAGCUGUUUAAUUGGGGAUAAACACGCGGGAAGUCAUUCAAAUUGCUAUGCGAGCACCUGUUUCUGUGUUUAUAAUCUGUUGCUUUUACCAUCGGCACUCUCUUUGUUUUUCCCUCUCUCUCUACCAAUACACGAACAUCUGUCACUUCUCUCUACGUGAACCGUGGUGAGCCACUCAGAGAGUCAGAAUGUGGUUCACUACUAAAAAAUUGAGACCCUCGAUGCGUAAUGGAAGCAGUGAUGCCAGAUGUGUAGACAUGCCUUCAUAUUGAAUUAUUGUUACACUAGAUUUUGAAGUUAUUACAUUAGAUAAUAUUUUAAAGACAUUUUAAUACAACAGUAAAACACUUGAUUCUGGAAAAUAUAAA